AUGGCAAGUGCCGGCGAAAGCGAAGAUGACGAAGAGGUGGCGGAUGCAUUGGAAGCACGCCUUUCCACGCUCCAACACCUUUCACCUCAAGAAUCAGCGACCAUGUUGGGUCGCAUGCCUCCGCGUCAAGCUGGACAACUGGUCUUGUUGAUGGGAAGCGAAAACCGUGCGGCAAUCCUGGCUGCAAUGCCAGAUGCUGCGAAGGAGGCUGUGGCAGGCAGCCUGCCAACAGACACGGCGGAAGCCCUCGGCCUCGUUGUGACAUGUACAGAAACGGAUGCGGCUGACAGCGUGCCAGAAGUUCGACAAGGCCCUGAGGCACCCGCUCGACAAGCUGAGAAAACAGCUUCAGGAACAGAGCAGUUCCAAGAAACCCACGAGAUGAAGGAGCAGCAAGACUUGCCCAAAGCGGACAAGCAUGGCACAACGGAUGGACCACACAUACAGGAGCAAGGAGCAGAGGCUGAAGCAGAGGCGCUGGAAGGAGCUCAGCAAUGUGCAGGCGAGCUACCUGAAGAGCAGCUACAGGGUGCAGAGCCAGAAGCAAAAGAGCAGCAGGAGAUUGUCACUGAGGCGGUGGAUGGCAUGGACCGCACUGAACGCCGCGCAUCAGAUGAGGCAGACGCAGCCCAGGCUCAAGCAGGUUGCUCUGCUGGUAUGAGCAACCCGACAGCCGGCGGCGAGCUUGCUGCGAGUUGCCUUACUGGUGACAGUGACAGCAUCAACGUAAAUGUCGCUCCCAGCAAUCAAGAGCUGGCUGUGGAAUCCGGGUAUCCUUCCAUCGCGUCACCGUCAAAAGCGGAGCAAGAACCCGAAGUUUCGUCUGCUCCCAGCAAUCAAGAGCUGGCUGUGGAAUCCGGGUAUCCUUCCACCUCGUCACCGUCAAAAGCGGAGCAAGAACCCGAAGUUUCGUCUGCUUGUGCUGCGGUGGAGGAUGAGCCAGAGAUUAUCGAUACCUGGCUUCUGAACAACAAGCCUGCCGUCCGUGAACACCCGUGCAGGUCGAUACUCGUGAUGGAGCCUUCCAGCCCUGCCGCCGACGGCUCUCCCAGUGAAGCAGCACAGGUGGCACUGCACUUGAGCCCUCUAUCCAAUGCCACCAUCGCCAGAUAUUUCCAGGAGACACCUGUGGAGGAAUGGGAGGCAAUUCUCGCACACUUUUCUCCAGAAAGGAGGAAGGACAUCAUGGAUAUCCUCUGGGAGGACACAAGCUCCUUCAGUUCAGAGUCUUCCUCCAAAGCCAUCCCGGCUCGAAUGUCACGUGCCAUGGGCAUGGCUGGAACCUUUGCAGCACGCGCUCGACAAGGCAUUUCGGAGAUGGCGCCUGAGGCAUCCCACAAGGCUGCGUACGCGUCAACUGAAAUGAAGCGAGCUGCUGCGGCUGCAAGCCAUGCCGCAGUGUGGGCGCGGCAAAGCGUGACCCACGCUGCAGACAAGGCAGUCACCACAAAAAGCGCCGAACGCGCCAAAACUGCCGCCAACAGUGCCAUGAGUGCUGCCCGCGUCGGUGUGUCCACAGCUGCUCACAAGGCUGAGACUGCCAAGUCUUUGGUCAGCGAGGCAGCCGGAGCAGCAAGGCACAGUGUCUCCCAUUUGGUAUCCACUUCAUCUGCGUCUGAUGCAGUUGAAAAUUCCGGGCGCUUGGCGCGGCAGAUGACCAACGAAGCCAAGCAAAAAGUCUCUGGAGCCACGGAAGUUGCCAAGGCCCAAUUCGCUUCGAUGUCCAAGGGCAUGGCAGGAUUUUUCAAGAAGUAA